CUUUUAGACCAGGACACUUUUUCGGAGGGGAACAAAAAAAAUCGGCGGCGGUGUGUAGAUGAGUGUCGUUUUGCCCUAGUACCAACAGCACAGGGUUGACUAGUAGGCUGUUUAACGUUACCCAGAGCAUCUGCUGACCAAGUAUUUUAAAAGGGUGCGGAGCGAUCCGGGACCGGCGGCGCAUGGAAGCAUGUCUAGCAUGUCUCAAGACCGAAGCAGCCGCUGGACGGACAUACAGAAAGGACUGCAGUUCAUACAGUCUACCCUGCCCUUUCCUGGAACUCAGGAGGAGUAUGAGGUGUUCCUCCGGGACCUGGUGUGGAAGCUGUUUGGGGAGGGAAAUGACAUCUAUAGCGAGGGCGAGUGGGCGCGCUCAGUGGAGCUGUACACCGAGGCCUUGAGCAUCGCCGAGUACGCCGACUCCGAAGACAUCAGCAUCUCCAACACGGUGCUGGAGAAGCUGCACGCUAAUCGCGCCGCUGCCUAUUUAAACAUGGGUGUCCAUGACCAGGCCCUGGAGGACUGCGAUAAGGCCCUGCAGCUGAACGAGGGGAAUCACAGAGCCCUGUACCGCAAGGCCCGGUCCCUGAAGGAGCUGGAGAGGCACAAGGAGGCGUACGAGGCUGUGGCCCAGUGCUCGCUGGCUGUACCUCAGGAUCCAAGUGUCAUAAAACUGACUCAGGAGCUGGCUAAAAUGUUGGGCCUAAAAAUACGUAAAGCAUACGUAAGGAGUAAGCCUGCGCUGAAUGUGCUGCAGGGCUCCGGCAGCUCGGGGGCGAGUAGCGAUAAGUGUUGUCAAGGGUCUGAAUCCGUGGAGGAUAUUGAGAUGGCGCCGCAGCCCACGCAGGAGAUGGGCGGAGCCCCGCCGGGUCCCGGCCCCGCCCCUCGCCCCCUCGCCGGCGAGAAGCCCGAGUGCGAGUCGGCGCCGGUCAGCGCCAUGUCCUCCGUCUCCCCCAUCGAGGUCCACAACCCCGAGAAGCCCCCGAUGCCCGUGGCCGCGCCCCUGACCGUCCCCGUCGCCACGCCCAUGGCCACGCCCCCGCUGGUGAACGGGGCCAGGGCUAACGAGUCGUACCCUGUCCCGGAGUCCCGCCUGGACUACGACACCGAAAUCAUCGGGGACGAUCUGGACGAGCUGCUGGACAGGGCGGGCCCUGCUGAGCCUCCUAUGGCCGUUCCCGCUCUGAAGGGACCCGUCCCACUUCCUGCCAGCAUCCCCAGCAGCAGCCCCACCGCCCUGCACAUGCCCUCCCUCCACACCAGCCAUUCUUUCAUCCCCGUGCCCCCUGUCAACCUGCCCCCCCUUUAUCACCAAGCGGGGUACUCGGCGCUGGGGCUGGACUCCUACUCCUCCCCCCUGGAUUCGCUGGACAGCCUGUCCAUAUCCGAAUCCGAGGCAGUGUACGGCCAGGCUUCCUUUAUGCCAGUUGUUGGGGUUGGUGACGGGGCUCAGGGCCCCCCCGUGGGGAUGGGCUUCAUCGUGUCGGAGGGAGUGGACCUGGCCAAAAAUCCUCUGGCCGACACGCAUGAAUUUAAACAGGCCUGCAGCGGCUGCUUCAUAAAAACCGGUACCGGUCUGUUGGAUUAUACUUUAUAUGCAGAUGAUCACAAAUGUAAGAAGGACAUCCUGCUGGGACGAAUCAAGCUUUCAGAGGACCGUCAAGCCAAAGGCAAUAACCAAUACGAUACUAAGUACCAUUAUGUAGAGCAAUAUUACAUCUGUCGAUUAGUGUAUUGUGGUGAGGUGUGUAGGUACCACGGCCAUUGCACGUUCGCUUACUGCCAGGAGGAGAUUGACGUUUGGACUCGGGAGCGAAAAGGGGUCAUCUGCAGGGACCUGCUGUUUGACCCGUUCGGUGCCAACGGAAAGGUCAACCUGACCGUCCCCAAGAUCUUACAAGAGAAUCAUGGGAUGUUUGAGUUCCUGUGUGGGGAGUGUUUCGACCACAAACCCAGGAUCAUCAGUAAGAGGAAUAAGGAGAGCCCCACCCUCUGCUCGCACUCCGUCUCAAAGCACAACUUCGAAGACUCCAAGUGCCUCGUCCACGUCCUGCGGGACACCACGCUCCGCUACUCUAAGAUCCGGGCCUACCUGCCCCUGCAGUGCCAGCUGGACCUGUGUCGGCACGAGGUUCGAUACGGCUGCGUGCGGGAGGACAACUGCUUCUACGCCCACAGCCUCAUCGAGCUCAAAGUGUGGAUGAUGCAGCACGAACUGGGUAUUACGCACGAGAGCAUCGUUCUGGAGUCGCGAAAGUACUGGAGCGCAGUAGCCUCUUCUCAAGGCGUUGAGCCAGCCCCGAGUGUCGUUAAGAAGUUUGGACCCCCUAACCUGAAGAUGCAGUUUGUGUGCGGACAGUGCUGGCGCAACGGGCAGGUCAGCGAACCGGACAAGAACAGGAAGUACUGCAACGCCAAAGCCCGACACCCAUGGGCUAAAGAUAGGAGAGUUUUGUUGGUCAGCUCCCUGGAGCGCAAGAAGUGGACUACAAUCCGCCCACUUCCCACGAAGAAACCCAUACCUUCUCAGUUUGAGGUGAGUUUGAAACCCAUACACAUUCUGUUUGAGGUGCAUUUUCCCAUACACACUCAGUUUGGGAUGUGUGCUGUAUGCUAUCUGCUUUAUACUAUCUGAUGUGUGCUGAAUGCU